UUCUGGCAGUAAGUUUGCUAUCAGUUGGGGCUUCUCUGCCAGUGUUCCUGUGAUUCAAUUGGUGCUGCCCUUAAACAGAAUGGAAGUUAUGAACAACUAUAUGAAUGGGGAGGCCAACGGCAGCCAUGUAAGCACCUACAGCUCUGACUUAAAAAAGGGAUUGAAACCAGAUAAGGCAAAUCAAUCAAACAGGGAAGGACAUGAGCAAGAAAAAGCCGGAGCAAUAGAAAGAGCCUACAGUACCAUCCUCAGAGAGCUGGGAGAGAACCCAGAGAGGGAAGGUCUUCUCCUGACUCCCAGCAGGGCAGCCAAAGCAAUGCAGUUCCUUACUAAGGGAUACAAGGAAACGGUCUAUGAUGUAAUGAACAACGCAGUAUUUGAUGAGGACCAUGACGAGAUUGUGAUUGUUAAGGACAUUGACAUUUUCUCACUAUGUGAACAUCACCUGGUGCCAUUUUUUGGCAAGGUGCACAUUGGCUACAUACCAAACAAGAAAGUCGUUGGUCUGAGCAAAUUAGCAAGGAUUGCUGAAAUUUACAGUCGGAGGCUACAAGUUCAGGAGAGGCUCACUAAACAGAUUGCGUUCGCAAUUCUCGAGGCUCUGCAGCCCAUAGGAGUUGCUGUUGUCAUGGAAGCUUCACACAUGUGCAUGGUUAUGAGAGGAGUGCAGAAGAUUAACAGCCGAACCAUUACCAGCACAAUGCAUGGAGUUUUCCUGGAAGAUCCCAAGACCAGAGAAGAAUUCCUCUCUCUAAUUAAGGCGUAACAUAGAACUAGAACCGGACAAGCAAUCUAGUUCUUAUGUUCUGUAGUGUUAUAACGAUCCACAUAUUGGUGCUGAAAAUCAUGUGUUUAAAGAAUAAGUAAGCCUAAAAAAAAAAAUCAUGUACUACUUUAAAUUUAUAUUAAAGAAUAAGUAAACCU